CUUCUCUCUCUCUCUCUCUCUCUCUCUGCUUCGUUGGUUCCAUCAAUGGCGACGGGGUCCUACGAGGGAGGUGGGAUCGGGGGGAAGAUACGGCGGCGCCCGCUUCGGGCCGCGGCGGCGGCGACGCCGUACGAUAGGCCUUCGGCGGCGGCUGCGGCGGCGCGCGGCGUCAAGGGCGCUUCGGAGGCGGGGAGGACGAGUGGAUGGCUCUCGAAGCUCGUCGAUCCCGCGUCGCGCCUCAUCGCCGGGAGCGCCUCGAAGCUCUUCUCCUCCGUCUUCCGCAAGCAGUUCCCGGCGCUUCCGCCUUUUGGGCUUGUUGCUGUGAACUACAUACAGUUUGUUGAUCAACAGGAUGUUCAAAUGUAUGAUCUUUAUCUGCAUUCUAACUGUGGAAAUGUUCAAUCCAGAGAAGAGGUUCCUGAAGUUACAUCCGUUAAUCCAUCACUGCAAACUUUGGAUAAUCAAAUUGGGGAGGGAAAUAACCUAACAAACAACUCGGGUGACAAGAGUUUGUCUGAACUUGAAAAAUUAUUGAAGCAGAAGACAUUCACCAGGGCUGAGUUUGACCAUUUGACAGAAUUAUUGCGUUCGAGAACUAUUGAACCAGAUGCGUCAAAGCUAGCAGUCAAUAAUGACAAAAAGGAGGAAUUAAAUGUUUCCAAAAUUGAACUUGGAUUAGGAAGCUUCCGAUCACACGGUGUUGCCUUAAAUCCUGCAGCCGGUGGAACUAUUCCCAAGGAGGAAUCUGCUUCGCCCGCAGAACUUGCAAAAGCAUAUAUGGUUUCCAGGUCUUCAAAAGGAUCCCCUUCUAAUUUUAGCAUGCGGAGUCAUGUCUUGUUGGAGGAUAAAGCAACAUCUAGUAACGCAGUAUAUGGAACAAAGACACCUCUAGCAUCAGUUGCUCCAAGAUCAACUUUGCGUGCUCCCGCACUACCAGGACUAAAUGAGAAUGGAUAUAUCACUCCAAGACUUCAUAGGAGAUCAGCAAUUUACAGAAUGUCCCGUUCUCCAUAUUUUAAGGGUGCCAGUUCUUCUAACGAUGUGUAUGCUCUCCCCUCAUCAUCUCAUCAGACGCCAACAAAGAGUAUGUAUUCAGCCGGCACACAGGUUUUGAAGCGAAGAAGUUCUGUUUUGGAUGAUGAAAUCGGAUCUGUUGGUCCUAUACGCAGAAUUCGUCAGAAAUCAAAUAUGAUGUCUCCAUCAAAAGAUUCUCGUACAAUUCAUCAUGGCAAUCUUCUUCCUAGUAGCUCAGGCACACUUGAGAAUGAAGUUAUUAAUGGUUCUGGGACCAUAGAAAAGCCUUCUGGCGUGUCUAAAUUGGAUUAUACCACAGACUUUGAGAAUAAAGAAGAUAAGGAUAAUAGAAUACUUGAUGACGGUAUUCCUCCUAUACCACCCCAGUCAGCUACAAUGGCCAUGAAAAUACUGAAGGAGCUUGACAAAUUAGCACCUUCGCCGAAAGAGAAAUCAAGUGAAAUAAAGGUUGCAAAAGUUGAAUCAACUUCUAAAUUAAACCUUCGUAGCAGUUGGGAUAUGGAUGCCACUGGUGGCUCUCCUCUUUCUGGAAAACAAGAGAGGCUUAAAGAAGAUGAUCUUUUAAAUGGCCCUCUAUUGGGAAUUAAAUCAACUUCUCAAGUUGGUAGUGCUCCUGCUUUCACAUUUGUCCGGAAUGCGACAUCUAAUGUUGGUGAGAUUUCACAUUCUGCUGCCGUUUCUACAAGGGGAAAGCCGGGCUUUCAAAUGGUUAUUUCUGAGGACUCGUCUGAGAUUGAUGAUGAUAGUGGUAAUGCUGUGGAGGCUCCGGUGAACAAUGUAGUGGACAAAACUGAGUCAAAGACAUUAGAACAGAAAGUUGAGUCGAAAACAUCAGACCAGAAGUUUUUGAAUUUUGAAGCAGCCGGUACAGAGAGGCCUCUGAUUUCUGCAGCCAAAAGCACACUUUCCUCUGAUUUUGUUUCGUCCAGUGAGGCUGAGAAGAAGGCUCCAGCAGGCCGUGGGAUCGUCAAUAACAGCACUAGUUUUACAUUCUCUGUUUUGCCUGCUCCUACUAAUCAUUUAGAGCAACCUCCUACACCAACUAUGGCAGCACCAUCACCCGAGAUAUCAGCUAGAGAGAAGGAACAAAAAGCUGCUCCCAUUUUCUCUUUUGGGUUGAAGAAAUCCCCGACACCUGCAUUGCCAUCCACAUCUACAAGUGCUGGUGUAGAAGUUGGUACAAGCAGUGUCACCGAGACCUCUAUAUUUGACAAUUUGAAGACAGAGAAAGGUGAUGUGAAGCGGAAAGCAAGUGAGUCAUUGAAUGUACCUGAAACUGCUGCUUCGUCGGCUGCACCCUCACCUUUCUCCUCUCCAAGCUUGAGCAAUGGCUUGUUGCAUUCAUCUGCACCGAAAUUCUUGUUUCCUGCUGCCCCAGCUGCUGCUCCUUCAGAGGGGCCCGUCGCUUCAGUUUUCUCCACCAGCUCAGCUACCUCCAGCAACCUAUUUUCCUCAUCUGCAGCUCCAGUAUUUCCCACCGCCCCCUCAUUUGGUUUUGGGUCUGCUAUCUCAAUUGGUUCCCAAAUAUCAGCUCAACCAUCAGAAAAAUUCAGUGACACAGCUAACGUCACCACUGUGGGUGCAACUCCUGUAGUUUCAAACAGCAGUUUGCCAGAACCGGUCACUUCAUCUGCUUUAUCAAGCUCAUCGAUUAGUUCCUCGCCCCUAGCAACAACUUCCGCAUUUUCAAGUACAGGGAGUUUGAGUGAUUCAAAACCAUCUAAUCUGUUUUCGAGCUCGAGUGUUGCUCAAUCUUCUUCUGCUCCAUCGUUGCCGUUUACCGCCACAGGAAACAGCAUUGUUGGGUUCAGUACUUCGGCUCAAUCUGCUGGCUUGAGUUCAUCAGUCGCAACUAGCAGUUCUCAAACAGGUUUUACUUUUGGCAGCAUAGCUGGAGCAGCCUUUGGAACUCAAUCAACUCAAACUGGAAGCAGUACCCAGCAGCUGUCCCAAAGCGCACCAAGCCAGAGCAGUUCUCAAGCUGGUUUAAAUUUCGGCAACAAAGCUGGAGCAGACUUAGGAACUCAGCCAGCUCAAUCUGGAAGCAUUACCCAACAGCCGUCUCAGAGCUCAUCAAGUCAUUUCAGUUCCUUCACUUCGUCAGCUCCGACAUUCACAUUUGGAAGUUCCCAAACUAGUCUCGGAGAUUCACAAUUUGGAUCAACAGCUACUGCUUCCAAACCUUCUAGUGCGAGCUCUGGAUUCUCUUUUUCAGCUACUACAGCUGCUCCCUCCGGUUCUUCCUUCAUGGUUUCUAAACCUUUCAGUUCAGGCCCCGGCUUUUGUUUUGCUUCUAGCUCUUCUCCUUCUAGCUCGUCCUCCACCUCUUCUUCUAUCCCAGUAUCAUCAACUUUAUUCAGUUCUUCUUCGACCCCAUCAACACCUUCAACUUUUAAUACCACCUUUGGUUCAACUUCAUCCGCAUCCACAGGGUUUACUUUUGGGCAGCCGGCUUCUUCUUCAAGCACUUCAUCCUUUCCAUUUGGACUGCCAGCUUCUUCUUCAAGCACUUCCCCCUUCGUAUUUGGACAACCAUCUUCUUCUCCAAGCACUUCACCCUUUGCAUUCAACACGCAAACUGGACCAGCUUUCUCAUUCACCUCGGCAAGUGCUACAGCAAACUCAUCUCCUGCACGACCUUUAUUCGGUACGCCAAGCCCAGUUACAGGAUUCUUUUCAGGAUCUCCCGGGAACAAUGAUCAGAUGAAUGUGGAAGACAGCAUGACUGACGACACUACUGCCCCAUCUGCCGCAGUCUCUAUGGUCCCAACAUUCGGGCAGCCUACUGGUGCACCUGCCGCUCCGGUUUUCAGUGCUUCACCAAUCCCGUCAGGUGGAGCUCCCAUUUUCCAAUUUGGUGGCAACCAACAGAAUUCUCUUCCUCAAAACCCUUCUCCCUUCCAACCUGGUGGUAAUUUAGAGUUUCAAGGAGGUAGCAGCUUUUCUUUGGGAAGUGGGGGCGGUGACAAAUCCGGCAGGCGGAUUGUUAAAAUUAAUCGGAAUAAGCUGCGGAAAAAGUAGUUGUUUAUGUCGCGAACUACACGGCUUUGCUGGAGAAUUCUUGAUAUUCUUCUUAUGGUUAUAUAUUUGAAGGAGAUAUAUUUUUCUCUUUUUACCACAUAAUCGUGCCGAAUCUUCUGAUGAAAAGAGCAUCUUAGUGGAUGAGAUGUAAUGAGGUUUACCUCUGGGACAGAGGUUGCAACCGUGAUUCAUAUCGAUACCGCCAGCGCACUUGAGAUAAAGCUUUCGCUGUAACACUGAAGCGACGCUCUUAUGUUGUGUUUGACCAAGGCAAAUACAGCUAUAAAUGGGACUGAGAUGUAAGCUGCUCUGUCUCUAAUUGUUGUCUCGAGGCUUUGUGUUACAACUAUUUUUGUAGCUCUGGAAUGUAUUAUUAGUUAAAAUUUAUAGUAGCGGGCGUGACGGGACGGGCGCUUUUGUUUUGCUGGUGUGCUUUUACUCUUUAUGAUGUACCAUAGAACAAUGUCUUCUUCAUUGUAAUCUUGUCUGCGUGACUCCGCACAAAUGCCGCUUGUUGGGAAAAGAGAACUGUAACGAGCUUUUCGAAUUUCUAAUCACGGUUCUUUGCAUUGGAAUUUCAGUAUCGUCUUGCUAGUGAGUAGUGUUCGUCAUCCACCAUUAAUUGUAUCGGACAAACAUAUUUUCACUAGCUCCAUUGUGAGAUUCGGGAGCCUUUCAAAUGCUUCCAUGCUCAGUCGAUUUGAUCGUGUAUGCAAACUGUGAUUGAUCUCUUA